AUGUAUUUUAAUAAGAUUUGACGUGAUGCACCAAGACAAGGAAGAAAGAAAAUGAUUCAUGAUUUGGAAUCGACCCCCCUUUACUCUGAUGCCCCUUAAAUGGAAUCGAUUACAAACACUUGGCUUGUUAUCGGUAAUAAGGCCUUGAGAGUUUUUCCAGAAGCCCAAAUCUCAAAACAAACACAUCAGGGAUAAAGUUGUGGAGAUUUGGGUUGUAAAACAAUAUCUCAAUCUUUGAGCACAGAGCACUGUUCAUCCAUCAUCUGGAAAUAUUAAGAGAAUGACGAGGAGAGCAUUAAUCAAAGGAGCGGAGAUCCAAGACUUAGGGGAAUCUAUUUGUUGUAUGCUGUGUCAUAUUUAAUAUACACAGCAUUUUUAUUUAUGUCAAUGAUAAUAUCAUUACUUUAUUAUGCUAUAAAAUGCCACUAUAUGCCUGGAAAAUACAUAAUACUUCCCCUUUAACACCACUUUGUGUUGGUCUAUGACCCAAAAUCCCAAUAAAAUACAUUGAAGUUUGAAGUAUUAUGAUGUUUUUCAAGGAAUUGCAAGUCAAGUGUUGCUGGAAAAAGGGAAUACAAUAACUGCUUGUCCUGCUGCCAGAGUCUUCAAGGCAGGUGCCGAGGUCAAGUCAGAGGGCAGCGGUGUGAAGAGUGAGAGCUCCUUUUAAGGGAAGAGGCAGAUUUCUCCCUCUGCUCCCUGCAAAUAUUUUCUCUGCUGUUUGCCCUCUUAAUCCCCCUCAGCCCCCCUGACACUGUCAGGAGCAAACCACCUCUGUUAUUUCAAUCAGUCAGUCCAACAUUUGCUCUCCGACCGUAAAGGAGUGGCGGGUUUCAUCAUCUGCCCGGCUGCUCCAACAGAAAACACUCCACACUUGUGGUGCCAAAGCUGCUCUGCUCCGUUCAGCUGUGACCUGUGAGACAACUGCUCCUUCCCGAUGGGGGGAAGGAGUGGAGCCUGGGGUUGAGUCCGUCACUCCUGGACUGACUGAGCUGCCAUGAGCCUCUGAAGCUCGUCCUCCUCGUUGGUGUCUUUUCUUGCGCACAAGCAGCACAACACCUUGGGGCACAGCUUGCUCAUCAAAGAGGAGGUAAGGGAGAGGCAGCGUGGGAGUGUGUGCGGGUGAUUCGGUCGAGGACAUUACCUCAUGGAGGAUAAGCGAGGAGACUGAAGAGGUCUAACAGAGGUAACAGCCCUUGACUCUAUUGCUCUCUGCCGCUUAUCGGAGCAGUUUUUUUGCUCGGGUUCAGAGGGAAGUUUUGACAGCCAGGCUUUACAGCUCCCUGAUCUGUCACUCCUGACGGAGAGAGAAAGAGAGAGAGAGAAGGAGAGGCAGAGUGACGAAGUGGUGACUUCAUCCCUUCUCCUAACAAGCCCUUCUCUCUCCCCCUCCUUUUCCGAGCUUCCCUUUUUCUCUUUUCUUCCCCUCCCAAUACUUCAGCGCAGCACGCUCAGGCAGCAUGCCAGUGUUCAUCUUGCUGCGCUCCCUGGUCAUCAGGCUCCUCAGCAGCAGACUGGCAGGCUCUCUGGCUCAGUUCCUCAGGAGAAGCCUCUCGACUGGCGCUGCCCACCUUGGCACGGCGUUGAGGCACAUCUGGGACCGCGUUCGAUCCCAGGAGUCAAAGGAAGCCGUCCUGGGCUGCGUCCUGUGCAUUCUCAACAUGCACAAGAAGGUGGAGAACUGAUCUCACUAUCUCUUCACUUUCUGAGCAAGAGACUGGACAGCUGUUUAGGGGACAUAAGUGAGUUUUCUAUAUAUAUAUUUUUUUUAUCAGGAUGUCUGAGAGUAUUGUAAGGAAGGUGCAGCCCUUCACCAUUGGAACCAGGCUCUCUGUUCCUUCUGUAACUAAAUGCCAGGAGUUUCCACAGAGUUAUCUGCCCAGUGAGGCUCUGGAUAAUUGCGUUUUACAGCGCAACCUGAACUCGCUCUACCUCAGCAGAUCCCAGGUCUGUGCACAUGGCUCCCGUCUUGUUUUACCGACCGUCGAGCAGGCGGCCCCCGUCAAAAUCCAGCCGGAGCACGUGGCGGCGGAGGACCACCUCAACCAGAACAUCGCCUCUCCCUCUGCCGUCUCCAGAUCCAUCAAGAAGAUCACCAUUUCUGGGAGCAAAGACCAGUCAGACUCCAAGACAGCGCUGGGACCGGUCACAUGCUCCACGUCUGGAAACAACAACAACAAUAACAACAUCAGCAGCAGCAGCAGCACUCCAGAUCAACAUCUGCCAAGAAUCGUGGAGGUUUUACUCAGCAAAGAGGGAAGUGAUGAAUUUCUGCCUGCACAGGAACAAACUUGGGAAAAACUAAAUGGAGAGAAAUCAGUCGAGAUUUCAGCACCUGAGCUGCAGAAAAAAGAGCUUGAAAGGAGAGAAAGUCAUCAGCAGGACGAAGCGCUGGCAGCUGCUAAAUCCCACGGUGAAUGCUUCACUCAGCGAAACUUUCUCUUCAACAAAGAAGCACUGCAGGCAGAAGCGUGGAUGAAAAGCAAACUCCAGGACCUGAAAGACGGAUGCAACGUUCAGCAUCGGCCCCUGCAUGACUGGGAGGAAGCCUCGCAGACGCUUCACAGAGACCUGAAAGACUUUGAGAACACCCUGAUUCAGCUCAACCAGCUGGGUGAACAGCUGAUCUGCAAGCUGAACCCAACGUCCGACCUGGUGAAGAAGCAGCUCAGUCAGCUCAGGGAACAGUGGCAAACCCUGAAGCAGAUGGCCGCAAAUCAGACGCACGCUCUGGGUGGAGCCAGGAGCCUGCAGGAAUUCAACAGGAAGGUGGACAAACUGGAAGCUUGGAUUAAGGAGAAGAAGGAAGAGGAGCAGUCUCUGGUGAGUGUCCUGGGGGAAAAUGUUGACAAAAUGCAGCUCACCAGGAGAAUUCUUGAUCUCAAACAGGAUGAGCAGCUCCACAGAAACCUGCAUGAGGAGAUCAACAACUUGGCCCUGAAGCUGGAGAAACUGGGGAAGGCAGAUGGCAAAAACAUCACCAUCAGGAAGAAACACAUCAAUAAAAUGUGGCUGAAGGUCCAGUCGUACCUGAAAAACUACCAUGAGAACCUUCAGGUCGCGCUGGAGAUGUCGUCUUUUUACCAGCAGGCUGAUAAUACUCUGGAUGCUAUAAACAACAUGCGGAGAAGCAUGCCUGCAUCCAAAGACCUGGACACCUUUGGCGACAGAGAAAUCCGCGACAUUGCCGGUCAAAUCAUGAUGCUGGAUGUGAGCGUGUCUCAGCUGCCCAAACUGCACCCCGGCCUGGCUGCCGGCGUCACAAAGAAGCAGGCCGAAGUGAAAGACUGCUGGGCGCUCCUCCAGAGGGAUAUAAGGAGCGACAGGACGACAAACUCCCUCUCCGGCUCCACUUUCACCAGGGAAGAGGCUGACCUCCUGACUCCAGAGCGAGAAGCCCAAUGCAUCAUGGGAUCUGAGACACAUGGGAUCAUGGGAAAAGAGGUGAAGGAGGAGCAGAACCGUCUGAAAGGCAGCAGAGUGAGUAGUGGCAGGAGAUAA